UCUGCAGCGCAUGCGCAGUCUGGCUCAGCCGUGACAACAAGCUAUCAGAUGUGAAGCCUUUGAUGAUAUGGACACUGCGCUAGCAUUUAAAUUCUUCGGAUAACACAGAGUCAAAUGAACAACGCCUCACAAGCAUUUAACUGUCAUUACACGUUUACUAUAAUCACCUUUUCUGCGUUCUCACCAUGCCGAGCAAUAAGCUUGAGAAACCUGACAGGCAGGAGGUCAAUGAUAACGUCAAGGUGGUAGUGAGAUGUCGACCCCUCAACCAAAAGGAGAAGAUGAUGGGCCACAAACAGGCCGUCAGUGUGGACGAGAUCCGUGGGACCAUAACAGUGAACAAACUGGAGACUCCCCAGGAGCCUCCUAAGACCUUCACGUUUGAUACUGUGUUUGGACCUGACAGCAAACAGCUGGACGUCUACAACCUCACAGCCCGCCCCAUCGUUGACUCAGUGUUAGAGGGAUACAAUGGCACCAUUUUUGCAUAUGGGCAAACUGGCACAGGAAAAACGUUCACCAUGGAGGGUGUGAGAGCAGUGCCAGAACUCCGAGGGAUAAUCCCAAACUCCUUUGCUCACAUUUUUGGCCACAUUGCCAAGGCAGAGGGUGACACAAGGUUUUUGGUUCGUGUUUCGUACCUGGAGAUUUACAAUGAGGAAGUGCGGGACUUGUUAGGCAAGGACCAGAUGCAGCGGUUAGAGGUGAAAGAAAGACCUGAUGUUGGCGUGUAUAUCAAAGACCUUACUGGUUACGUCGUCAACAACGCUGAUGAUAUGGAUAGGAUUAUGACACUAGGCCACAAAAACCGGUCUGUUGGUGCUACAAACAUGAAUGAACACAGCUCUCGUUCCCACGCAAUAUUCACUAUCACCAUUGAGUGCAGUGAGAAGGGUGUGGAUGGAAAUCAACACGUACGGAUGGGCAAACUUCAUCUGGUUGAUCUCGCAGGCUCAGAGAGACAAGGAAAGACUGGAGCCACGGGUCAGCGUUUAAAGGAAGCAACAAAGAUUAAUCUCUCUCUCUCCACACUGGGUAACGUCAUCUCUGCCCUGGUGGAUGGCAAGAGCACCCAUGUACCCUACAGGAACUCUAAACUAACCCGUCUGCUGCAGGAUUCGCUAGGAGGAAACUCCAAAACUAUGAUGUGUGCAAAUAUAGGCCCUGCAGACUAUAACUAUGAUGAGACCAUCAGUACACUGCGCUAUGCUAAUAGGGCUAAAAACAUCAAGAACAAAGCCAGGAUCAAUGAGGAUCCUAAGGACGCCCUGUUGCGCCAGUUUCAGAAGGAGAUUGAGGAGCUCAAGAAGAAACUGGUGGAAGGUGAAGAGAUCUCUGGCUCAGAAGGCAGUGGAUCAGAAGAGAUGGAUGAAGGUGAUGAUGAAGGAGGCGAGGCAGGAGAAGUCCGCAGGAGAAGAAGAGGGAGGAAGAAGGUUUCCCCGGACAAGAUGGUGGAGAUGCAGGCAAGGAUUGAAGAGGAAAGAAAGGCUUUGGAGGCCAAGCUGGACAUGGAAGAGGAGGAGAGGAACAAAGCAAGAGCAGAGCUGGAAAAGAGGGAGAAGGACCUUCUGAAAGCCCAACAGGAGCAUCACCUCCUGCUGGAGAAAUUGUCAGUCCUAGAGAAGAAGGUAAUCGUGGGUGGUGUCGACCUCUUGGCCAAAGCUGAGGAGCAGGAGAAGCUUUUGCAGGAGUCGAACAAUGAGCUGGAAGAACGCCGCAGGAGAGCAGAGCAGCUACGGAAGGAGCUGGAGGAGAAAGAGCAAGAACGUCUGGACAUAGAAGAAAAGUACACUAGCCUGCAGGAGGAGGCUCAAGGGAAGACUAAGAAGCUGAAGAAAGUAUGGACCAUGCUGAUGGCUGCCAAAUCAGAAAUGGCAGAUCUGCAGCAAGAGCAUCACAGAGAGAUCGAGGGCCUCCUGGAGAACAUCCGCCAGCUGAGCCGAGAGCUGCGUCUCCAGAUGCUUAUCAUAGACAACUUUAUUCCCCAGGAAUACCAGGAGAUGAUAGAGAAUUACGUGCACUGGAAUGAAGACAUUGGAGAAUGGCAGCUGAAAUGUGUGGCAUACACUGGCAACAAUAUGAGAAAACAGACUCCUGCUCCAGAUAAAAAAGAAAAAGAUCCAUUUGAGGUGGAUCUGUCCCAUGUGUAUCUGGCCUACACAGAGGAGAGCAUGCGGCAGUCACUGAUGAAACUAGAGAGACCAAGAACCUCUAAAAGUGGCAAGAAUGGUCGGCCCAAGACUGGGCGAAGGAAAAGAUCUGCAAAGCCAGACGCUGUGAUCGAUUCCCUUCUGCAGUGAAGACUUCGUAGAGAAGAGCUUGAUUUCACCGCAACUUUUAUGUUGCUUUAGUCAUUAGUGCAGUCUGAAGAAUUUAUUGUUGAACACUAAUUAAAAUAUUAUCUGAAUACACUGUAUAGCCGUGACGUUUUUAAAUGCGAAGGAGCUGCACCUACGUUAGGAUCAGGACCUCUUGGCCAAGAGGACCUGUUAUCUGUAUUAUAGUGUAUGACUUCUUUGAGGAUGUCCAUUUUAAUGUUGCUUCAGAACACAUUUUGGCUUUUACCUGAACACCUCUAGCAUUAAGGAGAAUUUAUCAUAAUCAUAUUUCACUUGUAAUCACUUGUAAUGUAUCAUUUGUUGUGAAUAUGACCAGCACUCUGAUAGAAGAUAUAGAAUUGACAGGAUGUCAAAAAAAAAAGAAAAAAAAGAACUGAGGUUAUGAACUAGAAGCGGCAUUCAUAUCUUCUGAAAUUUACUGUAUUGAACACAAUGUUUCGCAAUGAACACUGCACAGACUAAGUAGCAACUUCUGUAUUACUGAUUGCUGUGUGCAAAAUGGAUUCAUAUUAAAUAGCCCUUGCUGGUAUAAAUACAUUAUAAUUGAACUAUAAUUAAGUGUGCAUUUUAACUUAAAUUAAAGCUAAUUAUUUUACUGUGAUUAGAACAUGCUAUAGCAUUAAAAAACAUGGAGAGAAACACAAACAGACACUAAUGUGGAGGGAACAAGGAGAGGAGAUAUCAAGCAUGUAACUAAAAAAUGCUUUUUAUACUUAUUCCCUUAGGUCAGAAGCAUAGGGGCAUGCAUGCCAGACAGCUCUUAUGUUUGUGCCAUUUGCUAAUCUAAGCAAGUCAUUUCUUUUUCUUUUUUUUUUCAAAUGUCAGAACACUUUGUGUUAUAAUGAAAUACCUUAUACAUAAUGUAUGCUUUAGUAAAAUGCACAAGUACAGUAUGAGGUUUUUGUGGUUCUGUAGUGGAGGCAAACUGUUUUUUCUUUUGUAUCAUAAUAUAUGUCAUGUUUACAUCCAUCAAACCCCUGGAUAUUUUUAUUUAUUAAAUUAUUUUACAUGUUUUAUCUA